AUGGCUGAACAAACUGAGAAGGCUUUUUUGAAGCAACCAAAAGUGUUUCUAUGCUCUAAGAAAGGUGGGAAGGGAAAGAGGCCAGGGAAAGGUGGGAAUCGCUUUUGGAAGUCCAUUGGGCUUGGAUUCAAGACUCCCAGAGAUGCCAUUGAAGGAACCUUUAUUGACAAGAAGUGCCCCUUCACUGGCAAUGUUUCCAUUCGGGGUCGUAUCCUAGCUGGUACCUGUCACAGUGCUAAGAUGACAAGAACCAUUAUUGUUAGAAGGAAUUAUCUUCAUUUUAUUAAGAAAUACCAGAGAUAUGAAAAAAGGCAUUCAAAUAUUCCUGCACAUAUAUCCCCUUGUUUCCGUGUUAAAGAAGGAGAUCAUGUUAUUAUUGGUCAAUGCAGGCCACUUUCGAAAACAGUGAGGUUUAAUGUCCUGAAAGUGAUUCCAGCAGGAUCCUCCAGUGGUGCAAAGAAGGCAUUUACUGGAAUGUGA